GGAGGAGGAGGAGGAUGGGACACUGCUGAUGCUGAUGCGAGAGCUUUCGCUGUCUGUAAUCAACAUUAGGAGGACUAACUGACAAACGAUGGAGCUUUUUGGUCUCAUUUCAUCCCCCUUUAGUUUCCCCGCUGGCCUCGACGAGGGACGCCGUGACUGAUGUGUCUUUGGUACGGGGAUAACAGAGGCAUUUGAAGAGGAGCGGACGGUUUUCGGCUCGUCACUCGUCUGGCCUGUCUAGUGGCACACAGGUGGAUUUCCGCCGCUGGGAAGAGAAGAAAAAAAACGGCCAUCGAAAUGAAGACAUAAUCUCGGACUAUCGCGGAGGAGACCGUUUCCGUGAUGACACGUCAAACUGCGGAACACCGCGGCUCCUCCUUUGGUCGCAUUUAGCCGGACAGGAUCGCGCGUUAGCUAGCUAAUAGGCUAAUUUCGGCGAGCUAAGUCAGUUAGCAGCUCCUCUGGCUCAGAGGAAGUGAGAUGCUCGGGGGGAGGAGUUAACGUCGGCUGCUACCAUGAAGUCACCGUCGGUGUUGUGAUGAGAGCUGUAACGUCGUAUAGCUCGAGGUUUUAUUGAGGCGUGAGGGUCUGGCAACGUCGUUUUCCUCGCUGCUUUUCGGCUCUUCGGUAAAUUAUCCUGCGAUGGAUACUAUUGGAUAAUCUGGUAGAGAGAGAGAGAGAGAGAGAGAGAGAGAGAGAGAGAGAGAGAGAGAGAGAGAGAGAGAGAGAGAGAGAGAGAGAGAGAGAGAGAGAGAGAGAGAGAGAGAGAGAGCUCAUGUUGACAACACACCGGGCGUUUUAACGAGCUCGUUUGCGUUUCGUUAAAUUGGCUCACCAGAAGUGAUGCACGCGGUCGCCUUUGUCGGUUUAUUGCUGAGACUUUGUUGCGGUGACUUGUCAGCUCUCGGGCCGAAGUGAAGCAUGCUGAAGCAACAACCAGACGUGGGUCUGCCAUGACGGACCAGAGGCGCAUAGUAGGUCAAGACAUUAGAAUGAACUUUGAGUUCAGGUCACAUUGUUGCCAAGAUGUCAGCUACUGAAGUUAAAACAACAAACACUGUUUGUUAAUCCGUUGCCCGACUGAUAUUGUUUCUAAACCCACCUAACGUUACCUUCUUAAAACUAAUGUGAUCCCUUCAACGUUAUACUAUUAUUUAUUUUAAAUGUCAGAGGUAACGUUAGACGAUGAUUGUAGGAAUCCCCACACAUUCAUUACGAUAUUUCAUUGGAGGUGUGCAAUGCCGUUUAAGAACAUGGCAUUGAAGUUGAAGAAGUGGAUCUCGACGACAGCAGUGAGAUAAUACACCAGCUUUGUGAAGUUUGUGAAGUGGAACAGCCGACACGCAUAUAAAUGGAACAGACAGUCCUGUCGGGCCCUUUGGGGCACACACAGUGGGAGUCAGAACAUGCGUUUCCUCUCGCAUUUCACCCACUGGAUUCAGACAAUAGAGACGAGCUUUGUCAAAACAAAGGUGGCCAGACAGGUUUGGAUUUCAGAAACGACGACCAGGAUCAGACAUUACAACAAAGUGAUAAAGAAAACAUUCACCCGGACAAACCAGUAGAGUUGGACAACCUAAUAAAUAUCUCUGGUUUGCAGUUUGAAGGAGAUCAGUUCAAUGAUUCCAAAGCUCCUCUUCAUGCUACUUCUCAUAUUGAGUCCUUCACAGAAAAGCGACCUGAUGAAUUGAGUGACUGCACUUUGUCAUGGCUAUUUUCUCCCAAACUCACUGCUGUGGUUGGAAAAAGCUCUGCCCAUGAGGAACUGAGUCUGACGCAGGAGGGCCCUCUGGAGACCUCACGUGCCCUCAGUAGUCAGGCUGAGUUAAUAAGUCUCAGUCUACCGGUCUCUCCAUCGAAGAUUUCAGACAGGCAUUCCGAUACCAACACGGGGGAUCCAUUUUUGUUGGUAGACCUCCUCUCAAAUGGACUCUCUUGUCUCCCCCCGGACUCCUCAGGUGAGUUGAACCCACAGGGUGUCAGUGAGGAGCUGGUAGACCUGUCACAAGAGGAGGAGGGGGAGGGCGCAGGCAGGGAGACUUUGUCACUUGAAACCAGAGACAAAGGUUUAUUCCAUGAUCAAGUGACUGAUCUGCCUCUAACUUGGAGCUCUACCCUGCAAGGUUUACCUGAGAACUGCCUCCCACCAAACAAAGUCCACAAACCACCGGAGCGUUUCAAAGGAUCUGUGCCUUUGUUGGAUUUAGAGGUUCCAGAUUGUGACAGCAGUCUGAGUCUGCGUCCUGCCAGUCCUCCCGCAUUUAUCUGUGCAGAUACUGCAACUAGAUCUGUGCCGUUAGAUUCAUCAACAGAGGAGUCGGGGGUGGAACAUGCAGGAGCUACUGUAAAUAGAAGUGUGAGUUCGGAGCAACAAGGUGAGGAUGACUCAUUUGCUCUGCGUUUGUCAGCUGAACCUUCAUCAGCUGAACCUUCAUCACUGACGGUGCCUCUGGCUGAAGAUGUCUUCAUCCAGGAGGGUGAUUUCCCCACUGAGACUUGCUUUGUGGCAAAUGAGUCCACAGAUUUGAUGGAGGACAAUAUUUGUUCUGAAGCCAAAAAUCAAGGGAAUCUGACAAUGGCGUUGGAUCUGUGCUUGACUGCGUACGAGGUCCAUGACGAGGAAACUUGGGACGUGAAACCCCGGACGGGUGUCCAGAAUGGACGUGUUCCCGACCCAGCAGCCGAACAGAGGGAAGAGGAGAGGUUGACAGACAGCAACCAACUCGGAGGAACAGAUUGCCAUCAAGUGGCUUCUUUUGAUUUCUCAGUUCAGGAUUUACACACGUCUCCUGAGGCUGGAUGGACUAGUGAGCAAACUGUGGAGACCAUUUCUCUCUCUAAGAUGGUGGUAGAUGACUCACUGCCAAUGGUCCCAGCUGUGAAUACGAGGGAGGAAGAUGUCUCCCCACUAAAAGCUGUGUUCGAUGCUUUAGACCAAGAUGGAGAUGGCUUUGUCCGUAUUGAGGAGUUUAUGGAGUUUGCUGCCGCCUAUGGGGCCGAUCAGGUAAAGGAUCUGACCAAGUUUUUGGAUCCCAGUGGUCUGGGAGUGAUCAGCUUUGAAGACUUCCACCGAGGAAUCUCUGCCAUCAGCAAUGGAGGUCCGGAGCCACAGGUCUACAGUGUAAACUACAGUCCAGGCGAUGGAGCUGUGGGCUGUCCCGAGGAGUACGAUGAGCAAAAUGAGGUGACAGACAGUGCGUACCUGGGCUCCGAGAGCACUUACAGUGAGUGUGAGACCUUCACCGACGAGGACACGGGGGCCCUCGUACCCCCCGAGAUGCACGAGGAGGUGGAGACAGACAGCGGCAUUGAAGCCACACUGCACGACCCUGAAGAUGGCGAAAAUAGGUUUUCCCUGAAUUCUGAGCUACAUAACCACUCGCUGGUGACGGUCAUCGGUGGAGAGGAGGAGCACUUUGAGGACUUUGGGGAAAGUAACACCUCAGAGUUGCUACUGGAGAGCAGCGUGGAGGGGACCGAGCGGGAGGGCAAAUCCCCUCUCGUGCAGCCGCCUGAGCAAACCAAUGGCUCCUUACUGCUCUCUCCCAGUGCUGGCAAAAGGCUGUCCAGCAAGAAAGUAGCACGACAUCUCCUCCAGAACAGCUCGAUGACUCUGGACACCAUGAGCGACUUGACGCGGGACAUCCUGGAGCUCGCUGACAACGACAUCACAGACAAGGUGCUCCUCCUUGAGCGUCGAGUGGCGGAGCUGGAAAAGGAGUCGGAGUCAUCUGGGGAGCAGCAUACGCGGCUCCGCCAGGAGAACCUUCACCUGGUGCACCGAGCCAAUGCCUUGGAGGAGCAGCUGAAGGAGACGGAGCUCCAGGCUGACGAGCAACUGCAGCAAGAGACCCGUCGUCACAAGGAGGCCCUGAUCAAGCUGGAGAGGGAGAGGGGGCUGGAGCUGGAAAACCUGCAGGCCAGGCUGCAGCAGCUGGAUGAGGAGAACAGUGAGCUGAGGUCAUGUGUUCCUUGUCUUCGAGCAAACAUCGAGAGACUAGAGGAGGAGAAGAGGAAGCUGCAGGAUGAGACAGAGGCCAUGUCUGACAGGUUGCAGGAGGAGAUGGAGUCCCGCAGGAAGAUGGCUGACAAGCUGAGCCAUGAGCGCCACCAGAGCCAGAAAGAAAAAGAGUGCACUCAGGAGCUCAUUGAGGACUUGCGUAAACAGCUCGAGCACCUACAGCUCUACAAGCUGGAGGCUGAAGCAAAGAGAGGGCGCACACCUGGCGCGGGGCUCCAGGAAUAUCAGACACGAACCCGCGAAGCCGAGCUGGAGCAAGAGAUCAAACGACUCAAACAGGACAACCGCAGCCUGAAAGAGCAGAACGACGAGUUAAACGGACAGAUCAUCAACCUGAGCAUCCAGGGAGCCAAGAACUUGAUGUCGGCCUCCUUCUCCGACUCCCUGGCAGCUGAGAUCAGCAAUGUGUCUCGCGUGGAGUUGAUGGAGGCUGUCCACAAACAGGAGGAGAUCAACUACAGACUCCAGGACUACAUUGACAAGAUCAUCGUGGCCAUCAUGGAGUGCAACCCCUGCAUCCUGGAGGUCAAAUAGAUGCUGCGCAGCCAGAUGGCCCAGUGACACCUCCGGCUGUUAAACAUAUCCGAGACUUGGCUAAAAGACAACUACCAGGAGAGGAUGUGAAAAUCCUUUUGGUAGGAAAAACAACAACAUCAACAACGCACUCAACUCAUCCAGCUUCCCCUCCCCAAAAGAAGGAUUUCUCAUUUUGAAAAAGUCCAUGGCUGUCAGUACAAAUAAGCAAUUUUCAGUUAGAUAUCCCUUGGGUCUGCUUAUUUGUGAGUGUAUGUGUCAACCCUCAUGAAUACACUUGGGUUCUGGUGACCUCCAUGUAUUUGGCUUGAGGGACCUGAGUCUCCCUUGGUGAGCGUCUGAAUGUAUUAAUGUGUGCAAGAGGUCAGUAUCAUAAACGGUAAAAAAAAAAAAAAAAAAAAAAAUCUUCCUGUCCCUUUCCCAAAAAAACAAAGUGUCAAUUUUUGAUUGAGCUAAAAAAAACACAAUCAGACAGUUCUACAGUACCGAAAAGCCUUAAAUGAAAGGUGAUCCGAGUAUUCAUUGAUUAUGCAUGCCAUACAGUCUGAGAAGCGUUAACUGGGAUGGUGGAGGUAUGUGGGCUGUGAGCUCCUGAAUCAGGCUGAAUUG